AUGAGUUCAAGAAUUGGAGCCUUUAUGCUCCUCAUCUUGCUCUUCUUCCAAACUUGUUCUGUUUCUGCACUCACAAAUGGUUUAGAUGCUACUGUUUUACAAGCCUUGAAAAGUGAAUGGACCAGGUCUCCUGAGGGCUGGGAAGGCUCUGAUCCUUGUGGAACCAACUGGGUUGGAAUUACAUGUAUCAAUGACCGCGUCGUUUCAAUAUCAAUAGCCAAUCUUAACUUGGAAGGAAAGCUUUCUGGAGAUCUUCCAGCUUUGUCUGAAUUACAAAUUUUGGACUUGUCAUUUAGUCCUGGAUUGUCCGGACCACUUCCACCAAAUAUUGGUGACCUUAAGAAGUUGAGGAACUUGAUCCUUGUGGGAUGUAGUUUCAGUGGUCAGAUCCCUGAAUCUAUAGGAUCUCUAGAACAACUUAUAUAUCUCUCCCUAAAUUCUAAUAAAUUUAGUGGAACAAUUCCGGCUUCCAUCGGACGACUAUCGAAACUAUAUUGGUUUGAUAUAGCUGACAAUCAGAUCGAAGGAAAAAUUCCAGUUUCUAAUGGGACUUCUUCACCUGGACUUGACAUGCUUCUUGAAACUAAGCAUUUUCAUUUUGGAAAAAACAAGCUCUCGGGCGACAUCCCAACGACGCUCUUCAGCUCGAACAUGACUUUGAUACAUGUGCUAUUCGAUGGAAACGAAUUAACAGGCGAAAUCCCACCUUCCCUCAGCCUUGUUAAAACGUUGCAAGUGUUACGCCUUGAUAGGAAUAGACUAUCUGGAGUUAUUCCUUCAAGUCUUAAUAAUCUCACAAAUCUUAACGAACUGUACUUGGCCAACAACAAAUUUACCGGUAGUCUUCCAAAUUUAACCAGCUUGACCAAUCUCUACACAUUAGACUUGAGCAAUAACACAUUGGACUUUUCACCCGUUCCAUCAUGGAUCUCUUCCUUACGCUCCCUGUCAACAUUGAGGAUGGAAGGGAUCCAACUUAAUGGUUCAAUACCACCCUCAUUUUUCAGCCCGCUUCAAUUGCAGACUGUUAUCCUAAAGCACAAUCAGAUUAGCGAAACCUUGGACUUCGGUACCAGCAUUAGCAACCAGUUGGAGUUUGUGGAUUUACAAGACAAUAAUAUAGAGGGUUAUAAAGAAGUGGUUAAUACACGCAUCCAAGUAAUUUUGGCAGAUAAUCCAGUGUGCCGGGAGGUGGUGAACAGGAUGAGUUACUGCUCAGCAAUCCAACACAAUACCUCAUUUUCUACCCUCCCAACAAAUUGUGCUCCAUGUGAUCCGGGCAGGGAACCGAGUCCAGCGUGUCGCUGUGUGUAUCCAUACAUAGGAAUACUCUUCUUCAGGUCUCCUUCUUUCUCAGGGUUCUCCAACAACACAAACUUCGUAAUGCUCCAGCAGAGUAUAGCGGGUUUCUUCAAGAAGUUCAGUUAUCCGGUGGACUCCGUGGCCGUAAGAAACAUAAGAGAGAAUGCAACUGAUCAUCAGCUUCUAAUAGAUCUACUGGUCUUUCCAUUGGGCCAAGAGAGUUUUAAUCAGACGGGAAUGGCGCUUGUUAGUUUUGCCUUUAGCAACCAGACUUAUAAGCCUCCUUCCAUAUUUGGCCCUUACACUUUUAAAGGAAUUCAGUACAGUCAUUUCUCUGAUGUUGGAGGUUCCAAGUCAGCAAACAAGGGGAUCAUAAUCGGAGCAGUUGUUGGUGCUGUGGUUCUUUUGCUCUUGUUAACGAUAGCUGGUGUUUACGCCCUGAGGCAGAAGAAGAGAGCAGAGAGAGCAACUGAUCAAAAUAAUCCUUUUGCCAAGUGGGAUACGAGUAAGAGCAGUAUCGAUGCUCCACGUCUAAUGGGAGCAAAAGCAUUUACUUUCGAAGAGUUGAAGAAAUGUACAGACAACUUUUCAGAGGCAAAUGAUGUUGGGGGUGGGGGUUAUGGAAAGGUGUACAGAGGGAUUCUUCCUUCUGGGCAACUCAUAGCAAUCAAAAGAGCUCAACAAGGAUCAUUGCAAGGAGGGUUGGAGUUCAAAACUGAGAUCGAGCUUCUUUCAAGGGUCCAUCAUAAGAAUGUUGUCAGACUCUUGGGCUUCUGCUUUGAUCGAAAUGAACAAAUGCUCGUAUACGAGUACAUUCCAAAUGGCUCUCUUAGAGACAGCCUAUCAGGGAAGAGUGGGAUUAGACUGGAUUGGACAAGAAGGCUUAGAAUAGCUCUUGGCUCAGGGAAGGGUCUGGCUUAUCUUCAUGAGCUUGCUGAUCCUCCAAUCAUACACAGAGACAUCAAAUCAAAUAACAUAUUACUUGAUGAAAAUCUAACCGCAAAGGUUGCAGAUUUCGGCCUGUCCAAACUUGUGGGAGACCCUGAAAAAACUCAUGUGACAACACAAGUAAAAGGAACCAUGGGCUACUUGGAUCCUGAGUACUACAUGACGAAUCAAUUGACGGAGAAGAGCGACGUGUACGGGUUUGGUGUGGUAAUGCUUGAGCUGUUAACUGGUAAAAGUCCAAUAGAGAGAGGCAAAUACGUGGUGAGAGAGGUGAAGACAAAAAUGGAUAAAUCAAGGAGCUUGUAUGACCUGCAAGAACUACUUGACACGACGAUCAUCGCAAGCAGUGGGAAUCUGAAAGGGUUUGAGAAGUAUGUGGAUCUAGCUCUGAGAUGUGUUGAGGAAGAGGGAGUGAAUAGGCCAUCGAUGGGUGAGGUUGUGAAAGAGAUUGAGAACAUAAUGCAGCUUGCAGGAUUAAACCCUAAUGUAGAUUCAGCAUCGACUUCAAGAACGUACGAGGACGCAAGCAAAGAAUCUGGUGAUCCUUAUGGAAAGGACUCGUUUCAGUACAGUGGGAAUUUCCCAGCUUCAAAGCUCGAACCCCAAUGA